GCUACAAGGAGCUUUGGUUCAGUAUUGAUGCACAGCUAAUGGAAAAUAGAUUGCCGCAUUCAGAUGUUAAUCUUUUCUGGAAAUGUAAGCAUAGUACCUUGAGUUUAAUAGAAGUUGAAGUUGGGAUCAAGCGAGCUUGGAUUGAAGAAAAAUCAGUUACUCAUCCACCAAGAAAUGGUCAAUGUGGUUUUCAGGGUGGCGCCGUGGUUGAAUUUCUGGAAAAGGAGUUUGGGGAUACUUCCAACAGUUUGCAACCAAUCAUAAAAUGCUUGGAAAUGGUGUCCCUACAACAGCAUGGGAAUAAUUUGGAAAGGCAGUUGCUAGACAACAUUGAGUGGCUUGGUGCAGAGUUAAAAAAGAUUGUCAAGCUUCAGAGGCUUGCUGCAGACUCAAAAAAGGUUCGCAUUUUGCCACCACUACUUGAAGAAGCAGAAUGCGGGGUGAUGCAACUGGACUCACCAUGUGAACCCCAUAUUCCCAAAACCCACACUAUCAGCAGGUGGGAGAAAGAUUAUGGAAUUACCCGCCAGCUUCUUCAACAACGGUUUGGUAUGAGUCGCGAUGAUGCAGCUAAAACUCUUAAAGUUAGCACAUCUACAUUGAAGCGAGCAUGUCGGGACUUUGGCAUCAAUAGAUGGCCAAAUCACAGGGGAAAAAUGCCCAAUUGCUCUCUCAACCAAAAACAACAUGUACAAGCUCUUAAGAAACAUAAAGGAAUUCAAUCAUCUCCCCCUCCUCUACAAGCCACAAAUACAAGCCAAUGUAACAGCUCAAUGUCUGUCAAGGUAACCUAUCAAAAUGAUACCAUAAGGUUUCCACUCUCAUCCUCCUCAACUAUCAUAUAUUUGGAGGAGCAAUUGGAAACAAAGUUGAAAAUAUCACUAGAAAAUAUGUCUAUCAAGUAUCAAGAUGAGGAAGAUGAGUGGAUUACCUUGACCUGUGAUUCGGAAUUGAUGCACGGUAUGGAAGUGUUGAGAUCAUGUGGCAAGACUGUAAUCAGAAUGAUGGUCACUCCCAAAUUUAAUUGAUCUGUGGAUGUAGGACUUCAUUUUGCUCCUUUCCUUCUC